AUGGGAACCCGAACAUUCUUCCACCACAGAGAGGAGGAGCAAAAGGAGGAGAGAAAACACAGCUUGCAAAUGACCUCCACAACUAGGAAGAAAAAGUUCAAAACCAGUGAGGAAGAAGAGACUUUCAGCCUUUCAGACCUAUCGAUAGCAGCUGCCCUUGCUUUGACCUCUGAAAAAUCAAGGGACUACAACCUAAGAAGGGAAGCUGACAUCCUGGAGCUCGAACAGAGGGGGCAGAAGAGAACUCGGUUUGGGAAUGACAUGGAAGAGCUGGAAAAGGAGGUGAUCCGGACCUGCAGGCUGAUGCGUGUCAGAGCAGACAGGAAGGCCCUUCGCAGGAAGGCAGUGGAAAAGGCCAGAGUGGAGAAGGCUUACCUUGAGCUGCUCUCGGGGCGACCGCCCAUGUUCUGGAUCCCGCUCCGAGCGCACGCCGUCUGGGAGAGGAUGGAUGUGAAGUUGGCAUGUACCAUCCUGGGCUCACCACCUCCACGGGUGACGUGGUACAAGAAUGGAGUCCCCAUUGAUCCUCGCUUGGCCCCAGCAGGAAAAUACAAGAUAAAAAACAAGUUUGGGAUGCUGACCCUGCACAUCAGCAGAUGCUCCAUGGAGGAUUCUGCUGAAUACAGUGUGGAAGUAAAGAAUCAAUAUGGAGAGGCUUAUUCCUUUGCUACAGUGAUUGUCAGGAAAUAUUAUGGGAAGGAGUCAGGGUUUGAUUCAGAAAUAUACAAAAGAUCCCUUAUGGCCAGAGAGGCAGAUUUUGCUUUUGCACUGAAACCCUUAUUUUCAAGAGAAAAAGAGCCUUUCACCCUCUCCUGUUUCUUCUCUUCUGAUUUACUUGACCACCAACGUGACAUCAGCUGGUUCAGAGAUGGUGAGUUGCUGCAGAACUCCAAACACCAUGAACUGAAGUACCAAGACUGUGAGGCCUCUCUGACUGUGCCUUGUGCUCACAAAGAGGACGAAGGAUUCUACACCAUCCGUGUGCCCUCGCUGGGUGGAUAUAAGGAACAGACAACUUAUGUGUUUGUCAGAGAUGCUGCAGCACAAACAGCUGGUGCACCAGGAUCUCCACUCAACGUGAAAUGCCAUGAUGUGAAUAAAGACUGCUUGGUUGUUUCUUGGGUAGCACCCAGUGAUGAUGGAGGAAGUCCAAUCCUGGGAUACAUCCUUGAAAGGUGUGUUGCUGGGUCAGAGGAUUGGGCCCCAUGCAAUGAGAAGCCUGUGAGAACCUGCAGGUGUCCUGUCUUGGGCCUUGCUGAAGGUCAGACAUACCAGUUCCGAGUCAAGGCUGUCAACAAAGCAGGAAUCAGUCACCCCUCAAAAGCCAGUGACCCAGUUACAACCUAUGAUGCCAGCAAGGACAAGAGAGUGACAGUUAUUCCGUACGACGAGGGAAGGACGAUAGAAGUAUCCAAGGAUGACCUGGAAGGACACAUUAGAAUUCCUUUGCCACCCACCAAUGUUCAUGCAAGUGAGGUCAGAGAAGAUUAUGUGGCUUUGGCCUGGGAUGAGCCAGACCCAAGAGGCAGAGAACCCCUGACUUAUUAUGUGGAAAAGUCAAUUGCAGGCAGCAACUCCUGGCAAAUGGUGAAUGUGGAGAUGCCAGUUAAUUCCCCAAGAUUUGCACUCUUUGAUCUUGUCAAAGGAAAAUCUUACCGUUUCCGCGUGCGAUCCGUGAACAAGUUUGGAGUGAGUGAGCCCUCCCUGCCCAGUGACCCCAUCACUGCAGGAGCACCACUGGCUCCUCUGCCUCCACCCUCUCAGGUUUUAGCUUUCAGAGACACCAACACAUCUGUAUUUCUGCAGUGGGAUAAGUUAAAGGAUGGUCUGGAGCCUCUUGGCUAUUACAUCUACUGCAGGGAGACUGGGACAGAGGAAUGGCAAACUGUCAAUAACAAACCUGUGACAUGCAAUGAAUUUACUGUUCCUGGGCUGAAGCCUGGAAAAGAAUAUGUCUUUUGUGUGAAAUCUGUCAGCGAGGCAGGACUGAGUGAGAGCUCACCAGAAACAGAUCCCAUCGUUGUCAGGCCAGCAAUUGCUUGUCCAUCAGCACCACGUGGGUUUGUGCUCCUGCACUGUGGCAAGACUACCAUGACCAUCAGCUGGAAAGCCCCGAAGCGCAAAGGAGGAACAAAGAUUCUGGGUUACUUCCUAGAUCAACAUGAUAACUCUGACCUGGACUGGCAUGAAGUCAACACUCAGCCAAUUCCUCAACGAGUUUGCACGGUCAGCAGCCUCGAGGAAGGUCACCUGUAUGAAUUCCGUGCCCGUGCAGUGAACGCGGCUGGAGUUGGAGAAGUGUCUGAGCCCAGUGACUUGUUCAGAUGUGAGGAGUGGACAAUGCCAGAACCAGGACCUCCUUAUGAUGUGAGGUGCACUGAAGUGAGAGACUCCUCCCUGCAGCUCCACUGGGAAGCACCACUGUACACUGGAGCAGGUCCAGUCACAGGGUACUACGUAGACAUGUGUGAAGAAGGCUCAGAGGAAUGGGAACAAAUCACUAAGAAGCCUGUAGCCACCACCCACAUGAAGGUUUCAGACCUGGAGACAGGGAAAUGCUAUAUUUUCCGAGUGAGAGCACUGAACAAGGCUGGAAUUGGACCUCCCUCGCUCCCCUCGGACCCUGUGGUGGCUAAAACCAAACCUGGCACAAAUGAAAUUGAAGUCGGGGUGGAUGAAGAGGGUUUCAUUUAUCUGGCUUUUGAAGCUCCUGAGAAGAAUGAAUCCUCUGAAUUUAUCUGGUCAAAGGACUAUGAAGGGCCACCAGAUGCUGACAGAGUUCAGAUUGAGGAGAAAGGCAACAGAUCGAAGCUCAUCCUGAAAGAGCCCUCAGAGAAGGACCUGGGUGUCUAUUCAGUGGAGGUCACAGACGUAGAUGAUGAUAUCUCUGCCAGCUGCACUUUGACAAAAGAAGAUCUGGACAAGUUACUGAAACGAAGCCACGAGAUCAGGAACCCACUGAUCAAGCUGAUAUCUGGGUGGAACAUUGAUGUUCUGGAGAAAGGAGAAGUGAGGCUGUGGCUGGAGGUGGAGAAGUUGUCCCCAAAGGCUGAGCUGCAUCUCAUCUUCAAUGACAAGGAGCUCACAAGUACUCCAACACAUAAAAUAAACUUUGUCAAAGCAAAAGGACUCGUAGAGCUGAUCAUCCAGGAUUUCUGUGAGGAUGACAAAGGGAUGUACACAGCCCAACUGCAAGAUGGGAAGGCUAAGAAUCAAUUCACCCUAGUUCUGGUGGAUGAAAGUUUUGAUAAAGUUGCAGCAGAGGCUGAUGCAAAGAGGAGACAGUGGAAGAAAAAGCAGGGUCCACAUUUCAUAGAGAACUUGAAAUGGAAGGUUACAGAAAGCUGCGAAGUACUCCUGACCUGCAAGGCAACAAACCUGAGGAAGGACACCAACUUCCAGUGGUUCUUCAAUCACAAAACACGAGCAGGAGGUGUGUUUGAUCCACAGACUGGGAUAGGAACGCUCCUUAUACCAAAGGUAACCAAAGCAGAUGAGGGCAAGUACCAAGCAGUUGUUUCAGAUGAUCGAGGAGAGGACAACACCCAACUGGAUCUCACGAAAGGAGCCUUUGAAGAUCUUCUGAAGGAGCUGUGCAGGAUCAGUGCUCUUUCUGCUACACCUCUGCAAAUUCAGCCGACCGAGGAAGGCAUCAAAAUCUACACAGAUGUCAAGUACUACACAGACUACAUGAAAACGACUUGGUAUCACAAGGAGAAGCAGCUGGAGAGCCGUGACAGGAUCAAGGCUGGGAGCACCAUGGAUAGGAUUUGGCUUCACAUCCUGGAGCCCACGGACGCCGACAAGGGAAAAUACACCCUGGAGUUAUUCGAUGGGAACAGCUCUCACAAACUGUCAACAGACCUGUCUGGACAAGCCUUUGAAGAUGCCCUGGCUGAGCACAGAAGGCUAAAGGAAGCAGCCAUAGCAGAAAAACGUCGUGCCAGAGUCGUUCAAGGUCUGCCAGAUGUUGCCACCAUCAUGGAGGAUAAGACCCUGUGUUUAACUUGCUGUGUGUCGGGAGAUCCUUACCCAGAGAUCACUUGGUUCAAGAACGAGAAGGUUAUUGUCUUUAAGGACCGAUACAAGAUGGAUGUGAAGGGCUCAGUGGUCACUAUCACCAUAGAGAAGGUCUGCAAUGAUGACACAGGAAAAUACAGCAUCUAUGUCAAGAACAAGUAUGGGGCUGAGACAGGGCAGGUCACUAUCAGUGUCUAUAAGCAUGGAGAGAUCCCAAUAGGAAUGGAAGAACAAGAAGUCCCAGGUGGGAUUACAACAAAAAAGCCUAAAUGA